AAUUCAAGUUUCCUACAGACAGAGGAAUGGACCUUCUGAACUGGAUCGAAUCAGUAAACUGGCCAAAUGGAGCUCUCAUUAGUUGCACUUGAAGUUAAGGCUGUGAUGCAGUAGAGCAAUAUGUACUUGUAAAUAAGUUUUGUUUUCACUCUUGUGCAUUUUCUUGACAACGAGACUGCUAUCACCUCAGCCAUUUCAGUAAGAUUCCAUCACCACUGCGAGACAUGUGAACAGAAUUUUGAAGACAUGCUUGUGGUACCGUUUUAAAAGUCUACCUGUUUGAGUCAUCCUUGAAGAAUGCAAAUAGCGUCUACCACAAGGAAACCAAUUUCAGUGAGGCCAAGAAUGCUGUUGUGUGAUGACUGUCAUUUAACAUGUUUGCUGCUAUGUGAAAUCAAGUAUUUUUAAUUAUUCAUUCAGUUUUGUCUUCAUCAAUUGUCUUAACCAACAGGACGUUUUUAACACACAUAUACAAAAAUUGAAGGUGAGAGUAGCAAGCUAAAGGUAUUUCAGAUACAAAUUAGAUAUUGUCAGCAAGUAUUAGACCUGUCUGCAAUUUUGACAUUUACAUGGCAAAAAAGAAAUAUAUUACUCAUAUUUUUUUGUUUAACUGUAUAUAUGUAUUAAAAUAUGAAAAUCUUCUAAUCUUGGAAAUGUUUGUUUCUCUGAUAUCAUGAGAGAAAAUCAUCCACAAAAACACUGAAUAUAGAGAACAGCAUUACUUAGUAUCUAUGAAUUGCCAUUAAAACCAUUGACACAAUGUAAAAAUUAUGUACAUAUUAUAAUGUUGAAAAAGCUUUAGCUAACAUUGGAAUUGAUUUGCUUUUGAAGUUCUGCUGUAGUCAUUGAUUUGUGCAGAUGAAGCAAAAUGUAAUUUGAGUGUUUUUCUUUACUUUUUGUUUCUUCAGAAACAUUUUUUCUUGAAGUUUAUAAAUAACAUAGUAUUGUUGACAAUGUUAAAAACUCCUAGUUGUGAAUAUUUUGGAAAUUGUAUAUUUCUAGAUAAUUGCUGUUGUGCAUUUGAGACUUAAAAUUUACUUUUGAUACAUAAUAAAAAAAGACAGAUCAUGUAA